CGUUGCGUGCGCGGAUACGUGCCUCUCGUACGCGUCGUCGUUCCUGUCUGCAGAAUUCAGGAGGUUGUGGUGGCAUCCGACUGUGAGAAGCUCCCACCUGGAAAAUAAUGAACAACAAAUUUGACGCUCUGAAAGAUGAUGACAGUGGAGACCACGACCAGGACCAAAACUCACCGAAAGACGGUGAGAAGGAAAAAAAUGACGACGAGGACAAAGAACAGAUUUCUUCUAAGAAAAAGAUGGUGGUGCCAGGAGCAGGAGAGCACCCUCUUCAGUACAAUUACACCUUCUGGUAUUCCAGACGCACACCAGGGAGACCAGCCAGCACCCAGAGCUACGAACAGAAUAUUAAACAGAUCGGCAGCUUUGCUUCGGUGGAGCAGUUCUGGCGUUUUUAUAGUCAUAUGAUUCGGCCAGGUGACUUGACCGGUCACAGUGACUUUCACCUCUUCAAGGAGGGGAUUAAACCCAUGUGGGAGGAUGAUGCCAAUAAGAUGGGUGGGAAAUGGAUCAUCCGCUUGCGAAAAGGUCUCGCGUCUCGGUGCUGGGAGAACCUCAUUCUGGCCAUGCUGGGGGAGCAGUUCAUGGUGGGCGAGGAGAUCUGUGGAGCUGUGGUGUCUGUGCGUUUCCAGGAGGACAUAAUCUCUAUCUGGAACAAAACAGCAAGCGACCAGGCCACCACGGCCCGCAUCAGAGACACACUGCGCAGAGUCCUCAACCUGCCCCCCAACACCAUUAUGGAGUACAAGACACACACAGACAGCAUUAAGUAUAGCCUGGGAAGACUUCCAUGGUCUGGUGAAUGCUAGCGGUGGCCGUUAGCCCUCCGACACAGAGAACAUCAACAACGGUGUGUGAAUGUAACGUGUCGGGGAGUGACGAGUCCUGGGAGGACGACUCUGCACGGAUUGGCACGGUGUAACCUAAAGGCAGAGCGAUCACCAGGGAGGGAGACGAGAAGAUCAUUCCCGCUUUCUGUCAAAUUGGAACCGAUCGGACAGCCAUUUUCAGCAGAACAUCAGAACCGAGCUGACGUGCGAUAUGAACAUUGUCAUCACCCAGAGACCGCUGACAGGUUUUCAGGUUGUGUCAUAUUCACGUUUGUCACCAGAUGGAGGCAUUGCCGCUGUUGUUUGGUGAUCUGUUCAAUGACUGUUGACGAAGUGUACCUGGCGGAAUACAACACAACCAGUAUAACAAUAUUAGAGCUGAUUUUAUUAUGUAACAUAACAUCCCACUUCCCCUCUUUUGAAGCAACAGUGUUUGUUUUAUCGGGACUCAAUCAGGCUUACGGGUAAAAAUUUAUUUUAUGACAGUGCUGUAUUUUAACUGCAGUUCAUUUGAGCAAGAGUUAUUGUUAUUAUUAUUAUUAUUGUGUAUUUGUAAAUAUAGUCCACUUCAGAGAUGACACAAAUGAACUAGUAAAAGAUUCUUCAUCUAUGACCUGGAAGUUGAAUCCUGAAGGAUGAGGUGUUCAGAAAGGAGCGGAAAGCUGCCUGUAUCGCUGUGCCUGUCCUCCAGCCCGACCUCAACCAUGUGUCACUCCUCCUGACACUUUGGGCUUUUCUCUGACCCUUUAAAGAUCCCAUAGGAUGGAGCUCUGCUUUAAUAUCCUCAGCAUGGAAGAGAUGUUUAAAAACAGAAAAAGGUUUGAACACAGUGAGCUUGUUGUACCUCUUGGCCUUCAUGGCUUGUUUGUUUGUUUUGUAGUCCAAGAAAUGAAAUGUUGAAGAGGGUCUGUUACAGACUUUAACUGUAUGGAUCAUUUUGGUGGUAACAUUAAGGAAACAUUUGUAGUUGUUACAAAAAUUGUCCAUGGCAGACUUAAAAAAAAAACAAAAACAAAAAAACAAAAGAAGCUGUGUGCUGAUGGGAGCACACGUGUCAGAUGUCCACCUGAUGGAUUAUUUUUACAGUAAUAAAUGCCAAAUUGGCUUCUGCUGCUGAAAUGUGGUAUCACUUUCAGAAAUGAAG